AUCUCACCUCCAUCAGAUGAACAGAACGAGACCCUGUCAGCGAACAUGAACCUGUUCUGCUUUUCACUGGAGGGGUCUAUGGAAAGCCUGUACGAGGCGGUGCAGUACUCCAGCGACGCUCCCCCGCGACCCGUCCCCAGUCGCUCCUGUAGCCGCUCCUGCAGUCGCUCCUGCAGUCCAGCUGUCCUCCUGGACAACAACACUAAGUGGCGAGGUUCUGGAAGAUCCAUAUCCAUGGAAAUGCCUCAAACUCAAGGGAACAACUCUAAUAAAAACACAAGAAGAACUCACAUAUCUAAAUCUGCAUCAGAUAACGAAACCCUAGAUAACCGCGGCUGUAAUACUGCAAGCUGGCAGGCUGCCAAGAGCCAGGAAGAUUUAGUCCACAUCAGCAACAAUCACAAUGAAGAGAUGAGGAAGGCUAAGCAGAGAACAGAAACCAGAGGCGGGAAAGGAGCCCAUCAUUCGAGCACCAAGAAAAAACAUAAACCACCACCGGGCCAGAUUGCUCAUGUAAACCCGGUGACGGCAGACUCCAAGCCUGGUGUCAAAAGAAGCCAAAAGACUGCAAAAAAGACAGCUGGAAAGAGUGGGAGAGAGGGGUCAAAGAAAAACCACAAGUCCACAGUCCACUCCCCCCUCAACCCUGUGACCCCACACACGGGACCCCACUAUCUGGAUGUGCCAUACAGAUCAGACAGGAGGCCUUGCAAUGGCAAGUCAUCCACCCUGCCCACUCAGGAGAAAACAACCCCGGGCCGCACAGACAUGGUCAGCCUACCUGGCGGAGCCACACCCACCCACACGUACCACCAGCGCUGGAGCAACCCAGGAGAGGGGAGUCCAUCCUGGGGCACCGUCCAGCACACUUGCCGCAGGCCGCUUACAGACUACUGUGAGUACUCCCAUGACUUUACCACAUCUAAUGGGACGGACUGGGACGGAGAACAGGAGCAGAUCCAGGAUCACGGCGUGAAACAUGACUGCAAGACCCAGAUACCCUCAACGGUGCCGCGGUCUGUCACUGAUGUGGACCUAUCAGAACCAAAUCGCUCCACAAGCUUUGGCCGGUUUGAAGGCUUCAGACAUCACUCAUCACAGACCAAACCAGAGGAAAAUGGCACAAGCAUGCUUGCAGAGGAGUGUGAAAUCUCAGACCCAAACAAAUCAGCUGGACUUGGGAAGAAGAUGAAGGCAAUUUCACUGACCAUGCGCAGAAAAAUGGGCAAAAAACAUGCCAAGUCUUUCUCUGAGGAGAUGGGUGAAGACACAGAUAAAGACCCAGAGGCAGAGACGGAAAACAACGCCCCAGCAGAGAAAAACUCUGCAAAGACAAGCAACUCUUUAGAAAGUCUGUACAGUGGCCAGAGCUGCUCUAGUGGUGUGACCAGUGAGUCCAUUGGUUCCGGUCAGAAAGACAGUGUGAGGCUGGAGGAGGACGGUUCCUACCAGGGUCAGUUCUGUAGCCGAGCUCGCGUCCACACAGACUUUGUUCCCAGCCCGUAUGACACGGAUUCUCUCAAACUCAAGGCCGGUGACAUCAUCAAUAUCAUCAGUAAGCCUCCGAUGGGCAUCUGGACAGGCAUGCUAAACAACAAAGUGGGAAACUUCAAGUUCAUCUACGUGGACAUUUUAGUGGAGAAAGAAGAGGAGGAGAAGGAAGAAGAGGCUCCAAAGAUCAGACAACAGAAGAUCUGUAAAAGACCUCGACCUAAAACGCUGCUGGAGUUACUGGAGCGACUGAACCUGGAGGAGUACGCCUCUGCCCUGCUGCUAAAUGGCUACCAGACAGUAGAAGACCUCAUGCAUCUGCAGGAGAAGCACCUGAUUGAGUUGAAUGUCAAAGACCCUGAGCACAGAGAGAAGCUGCUUGCUGCCGCUGAAUACCACUACACAGAGGGUGAUGAUGUCAGGGAUGAGGAGGAGAAGGAGGACAAACCCCACAGUCAACAGGAGGAAGACAGCGACUGUCCCAGAGACUCAGGCUGUUUCAUCCCAUCUGAAUGUUCAGACAGCAAAGAGGACGCUGAGCAUCUCGCAGAUGCUGGGGAUUUGUAAUCUGCUCCACCAUCAGACUUUUGGUAUUCAGAGUUGUUGCUGUUUUUUUUUCUUAUGACUGAGGGUUUUAACAAUUAUCUCUUAAUUUUCUCAAAAAUGUCAUGUCAACACCCUUUGUUUCAUCACGCCUGUAACAUAGAAGAGGAACAUACAACUAGCUCUCUUACCAUCAUCCUAUCCACUGUCAUUUUCUUCAGAUAAUAAUGAUAAUUUUUUCUUUUAACCUAUGUUGUUGUUGAGGAAGUGACACUUCAUUGAUUUACUGUCACUUUUAUUUAUUGCAUAUAAAAUCAUGUAUUGUUGUUUCAUACACUGCCUUUAUUUAUCAUUACUGUGUCAUUUUCACUUUCUUUCAUCACAUCCAGUAUCACUCUUUUUUCACUGAUGAGUGAAGUGAUUUGGAACAUUAAGGUUUUUUUGUGUGUUUUGAAAAAUGCAUUGUGUCUGUAAUGUAUUCUGUACAGGAAAAUAUGUACAUUAUUUUCUGAAUUGUGCGUGUGUGUGUGUGUGUGUGUGUGUGAGAGAGAGAGAGAGUGAAUGAGCCUGUGAGUGAAUGUCAACUUUCAUCUGUUUUCAUAAAUGUUUGUAAAUAAAAAUUAAAGUAAUAAUAC